AUGCCAGCCGUGCCUCAGCCGCGCCGCUGCAGAAUGGCCUUGUUCUCCAAUCAUAGAAUCUGCGACUACGAACAGCUACCGAACGAUUACCAGGAUAGGGUUGGGCUGCCCUUUAGCAUCAACGAACUGACGCAUGUGGAAGUACAACGUAUAUUCGGCGCCGACAUGAAACCGGAACCCGCCAACCACCUGCUGCGGGUGCUCCAUGGCCGACGUGUCGCUGGCACACUCGAUGACCCCGCGUAUGCGGUCAACACGGCACAAUUUACAUACGAGCAAAUGGGAAAAGCCCUAGCCUACCUAAGAAAGACGGUGCCGGUCGAGGAGGUUCGUAACGCAGGCCUGCGCGCGGAAGACGAGCUGGCCCAGAUGGAGGGUCAAAUGGCCGAGGCAAAGGAAGCGAACGAGCGAGAGGUCGAACACGAAGAAGGGGUCAUAGCACGAGAGGCGCCGUAUACAGAAGACCCAGUUUAUGGGCACAGCGUAUUCGACCAGAUCCGAGCGACGAAUCGAGCGAAGCAAAAAGCAAGAGACGUGGCUGCGACAAAGGAUCGGUUGGAGAGAGAGGAGCGCGAAGGCACCAUUCCAGGCACCCUGGCGGAGCUAAAUCAAGAAAGCCACGGCCAUCGGACGAAAGCGAUUACCAACCCCACGAUUCAGGCAUAUUACGAAGCGGCACAGUCGGACCUCGUAGAGCCGCCCGAUAUGUCUGUCGCGGCGAGGAUCCUACCGUCUGCCAUUUUCGUGACGCUGUUGCUUGGACUCAUGGCCGCCAUCAGUAUGGUAUACGAGGAGCCAGCCAGACGGUACCGUUUGAUCCCCGAGAUCUCAACAGCGCAGGCUACCGUGGCGGCACUCGUCGCUGUCAACCUCUUGGUCUACAUGGCGUGGAAGGUUCCUCCGCUGUGGAAGUACCUCAAUGGCCUCUUCAUCGUGUCUGUCGCAACACCACGUCCAUUGGCCAUGUUUACGACCAUCUUCUCGCACCAGUCGCUCAGUCAUCUGCUGGCGAAUAUGCUGCCGUUGAUUGUCAUUGGCCCCGCGCUCCAUGACGAAAUGGGUCGCGCCGACUUUUUGACGCUCUUUCUGGCAUGCGGUUCGCUUAGCUUCGUCGGAUCUCUCACCACGUAUACACUCCGAGGUAUGCUAGGCACGACGACAAUUGGCGGCUCGGGUGCGACGCUGGGCUUGUGUGCGGCAUACUUUUGGGAGCACCGCAUGGACGGCUUCAAGUUCUUCGGGCUCCCGGAGCAUGGCGUGCACGGAAUCAUUUUCCUAGCUGGCCUGCUGGCGCUGCAGCUCGCAGGACUGGGCAAGGCGCUGGCGCGCAAAAUUGACCUGGCGAGUCACUUGGCGGGCUUCGCGGCGGGCAUGGCGAGUAUCGAGGUGAUUCAGCGGACGGCGAGGCAGAGGCAGGCAAACGAGGUGGAAGGUAGGAGCGUCAUUGAGGUUUGGUUCUGGCUAAAGCCGUGGCUACGUGCUUGGUUAGAUGAGAAGCAAGCAACCGCAGCAGUGGCGGAGGCGGAGCGCGAAGCUCAGAGAAAGGACAAGAAGUGA